AUGAAACCGGCAAAACCGAAUAACUGGCUUGAGCUCAAUGAACGACUGGCGCAACCCCGAGCUUCCCUCUCGCCCUCAAAGUUCUCCGAGCAAGAAUUUGAAGAGUUUAGGGAGGCGGACUUGAAUGCAUCCAAGGAGAAGCCUAUAGUACGAUUGGCCAUUCCGAUUAUCGAAGGCCAUAUCGAUGAUGUUAGGUGUAUGGGAGGGGACUACCCAUUUGGGAACUUUGCUCCUCUAACCGAUGGCACACUGGCAAAUGCAAAGCCAGACCACUUUUUUGGUGCUCGGCCUGAGCAGCUAAAUCGUCAAAUCCGUGAUGAGCUUAGCGACUUCAUUGUUCCGUCGACGCAGAAAGACCAUCCGAUAGCUCCAAACUUCUUUCAAGAAGCUAAAGGCCCCGACGGGUCACCUGCUGUUGCUACACGGCAAGCUUGUUACGAUGGUGCAGUGGGGGCUCGAGGAAUAUAUAAACUUCAGUCGUACAAGCAGGAUGAACCUGCCUACGAUAAUAAGGCCUACACGAUAACAUCAACCUACCAAGCCGGUCAACUCAUGCUCUACACAACACAUCCUACCGCCCCUCGAGAAAGCGAUGGCCGGUCUGAAUACAUUAUGACCCCGCUAAGAUCAUUUGCGAUGACUGAUAACCCAGAUACUUUUCGGAGCGGGGCAUGCGCGUAUCGAAAUGCGCGGGAUUGGGCAAAGGAACGGAGGGACGAGUUUAUCAAAUCUGCAAACGAGAGACACACGCAAGCACGAUCGGAACUCCUCUCUACAUCCGAACGUGAGGCAACCUCUGAGCCCACUAUCAUCCUGGAGGAUUCUGAUACAUCAACCACGUUUGAUGAAGCCGAGUUCCACGAUGCUGCGCAGUGGAGCUUCGCACACACAAAUGAUAGCGCUGAGGAUCCUCCGGCUUCGACCAAGCAUACUAAAAGAGCAAGAAUUGGAACCAGCUCAAUUAACCGUGCUAGCGGCAAGUCUCUCCAAAAUUAA